UUGAACUGUCAACUGCAACAAAAUCCAAAUCCAAAGUAGAAUUCGAGAUGAAACAACUUUUAUGUUGCUAUUUUUGAAUUAAAAAUGUAAAUCCGACUUUAGAUACCCAUAAAUAAAAACCAUAAAACACUAAAAAAAUGUAUAUUAAAUUCGAAGCAAUGAGUCCUUUUUAUGUUUUAAUUGUAUUAUUGUCAAUAAGUCAAUGUGUGCUUUCACAAAAAUCUCCCAAAGUAAUUUACCUGGAAGCCGGCGAUGUGGUUAGCUUCGAGCCCGAAAAUCCAAGAAGGGGCUAUUUUCAAAGCGAUUUAAGAAUCUAUUGCCAUCGUGGUAAUGCUAAAACAAUCGGACGAGCCUUUGAAACAAUUCAACUACAACUGGACAUCGAGGACGAUGACUUUACUGAAUAUGAAGGCGAAACUCCCGAAAUCGUGAAGACGCGCUAUGAAGAACAAAAGUCAAUAUUCUCAAUCAACUUAUUCUCGCAGAAAAAGACACGCCGCAAAUUGAACCCGUUUGUUCAAGAAUGCAUCGGUAUCGAUACCAUUCAACCGUAUCGGAUGCGACUGCAUUUGAUUCGGGUGGACUUUUGGAAGAUCAUUCAAAUAGUUGUUGGGCUUUUCAUAUUCAGUUUUGCAGCAAAAUUGAGUGAAAAUUCAGUUUUCUAUUAUAUUACGGGAGUAUUGAUUGGCAUUUGUACUUCGUUUAUGUUGCUCAUCUAUUUGGCGGGAAAACUAAUUCCUAAGCGGCCUAUGAUGUAUGGAGUUAUGAUUGGUGGUUGGACAAUUGGAAUUUACGUUAUUCAGAGGUUGUGGGAAAAUGUUCAGUUGAUCUUGGUCACCUAUCAGACUUAUGUGUUCUGGUACAUACUCAUUACGGGAGCCAUAAGUUUUGUAUUUUGCUAUCGCCUUGGACCACCAAAAAACAAACGCAGCAAAAACCUCAUCAAGUGGGGUCUGCAGUUGAUGGCUCUCAUCCUUAUAUACUUUUCUAGUCAGUUUGAAGAAGCGUCAGCGGCUCUCAUUAUCAUAACUUUUGUGACGCACUACUUUCCUAGAAGUUGGGUGCGUAGAAUUCGUAUCGCCUAUCUGCAUCGUUUCCCCCCAAAAGUGCGCCUUCUUACCAGCGAAGAAUAUUACGAACAAGGUGUUAAGGAGACAACAAAAGCCCUUGACGAGUUGCGAACAUUUUGCAGCAGCCCUGAAUGUAAACAGUGGCGAAUUAUGAAAAAACUAAAGGAUCCUCUUCGAUUUGCCGAAUUCGUCGAAGGUGAAUCGCACAUUCGUGACGAAGAGAUUCUUCAGUACGAGAGCUCGCGGCAGGAUAUCACUGACUCUGAGUUGAGUGAAGAAGAAGAGGAAACCUAUCGCCCUGCUAUUAGAAGAUCUGUGACUCGGAGGGAGGAGAUCAGUGAAGACGACGGAGACCCCGGAUAUCGUUCAACAUCAACAUUAAGCAAUUCAAUUUCAUCGUAUCGAAAUUCUAUCAAUGGUCGUCGUCCAAUGACCGUCACCUCAAAAAACUACAGAUCUCCGCAAAUAAGCACUACUCGAGGUGAUCUAAGUGAAGAAGACUAAAAAAACUACUAAUAUUCUAGGUUUGUGUAUUCGUGUUAACUUUUUUUUGGUACAUUAGUAUUUUUUCUCAUCAUGUAGAUAGAUUUUUGUUCGCCAUGUUCAUCAAUAAAAAUAAAACUAAGUUUAACAAUUUUUUAUAUUUCUAAAAAGCAAA